GGGACUAUUUUCUCUGUCUGAACGCUUUGCCCAGUCUUUGCUUCUUGCUGCUCUUAUCUGCUUUGAGCUGAUCGCGUCGCUAAAAUGACCAGUCUUCAAGAAGUUACAGGAAUCAAUUUUGAGAUCGUCCUCGAGAAGUUUCAACAGGACUUCAAGGGGAUUGUGAUAAAUCAGAAAAAUGAGGAAUAUUUGUCUACGUUGGAGAAAAAUGACAUCAUUCAGGAAUUCGUUUCUCUUAAUGAAAAAAUCAACCAAUUGAACGAAAGCUUCAACUGUGUUCAUCUGGAAAAAGGUAAAAUAGAUGAAGCUUUUGCAAGUUUAAGACACAACCACGAAAGCCCAGGAUUUAAUGGCGAUAGAUUCGACAACCUUGAUUUGGCCACCCAGAGGAUCUCAGAACUUCAAGAGGAGGUUAAACGAUUGAAAGCCGAAGAUAAAGGAACAUCUCUUAGUCAGUUUUCCUCAAUGGAGACUGCUCUCAAGCGAAGCCAAGAAAGAGAAAACGAGUUGCAACACGAAGUGGUGAAUGCCGAGAAGAAGAUCUCCAGCUUGGAAUACCAAUUGAAGACAACAAAAGAAAAGUUGGAUACCGCUGAACUGUCCAUCAGGGAUACUGAGAAACAGGUUCUUACCCUGAAGGAGGAGCUCUUGUUGUUCACGAAGAAAGAAGCAGAGAUGGCGGGAAACAACAAGCAAAGUGAACUCCUGCAAAAAGAAGUCAGAGAUCUCAAGGCUAGUAUCAGCGUAUAUCGUCAAGAGAUUUCAGAGAAGGAUGCUGAUAUCAAGAGACUUCAGGCAACCACAGCAGACAAGCAAGCCAUCAUGGAGGGGUACGUUGCCGAGAUUACCAGGAUGAAAGAUGGAGCAAAAACUGCUUCCUCACCAAGCCGAGAGUACGAGUCCUUUAAGCUUAAAUUUGAUGACGUUUGCAAAGAAAGGGAUUCCUUGCAGCGUGAAGUUGCCCGGUUGGUUGCGAAAAAACAGAAUGAAGUCUCCAUUCAGCUGGAAAGUCAGACUGUGGGCUACCGCAAGCAACUCCGUGACAACGAACUAACAAUUGAACGCCUGCGCAGUGAGAGCCUAAACUUAAAGUCUGAGAACGAGGCGCUGAGGGAAAGGGCUGUAUCAUCAGUUUCUCAGGUUGCAGGGAGGGAAUAUGACUCACUUCAACGACGUUACGACAGCCUUUGGUCAGAGAAAGAGGUCCUACGAAAGGAAUUGGACGAGAUUAAGACCAGGGAUCGCAGUUCUUUCGUCGGCAUGGAAAACUACCGACAAGAAAUCAGGGAGAAAGAGAUCGCCGUAGACAGGCUCCGUUCCGAGAACAUCACUUUACAGGCCCAAAUCGAGGCUCUGAAGAGGGAGGCAGCUGACAUCAGCAGCAGCUCUUCAUACACCAUGAGGGUGCAGUCUAGUUCGGUUCAGCUGGAUAGCAAUGAAGAAUUCUACCGACAGGAGAUCAGAGAUAGAGAUUCUGUGAUUGAUCGUCUGAAGUCCGACACAAUGACCCUCCAAACUGAAAUUGAUGGGCUCAAGCGGGACAUGAGCGCUUGUUUCAGUAGGACCGAGUUCGAAGCUUUGAAAAUGAAGCAUGAUGAGAUAGUGAGAGAAAGAGAUAGUCUCCGUGAGCAGCUGAUGGAGGCCAGAUCAACCAGCGAAAGGGACGUGUCCAUUCACUUUGAAAGCCGGCUGGAAGGCUACCAGCAGGAUGUGAGAGAGAGGGAGGCCUUGAUUGACAGGCUACGCUCAGAGGAUCUAGUGACCAAGAGCGAGUUAGAAAUGCUCAAGAGAGAGGUUAGUGGAAAGUCCUCUGUAUCUGAUGGAUACCUGGGUGAAAUUGAACGCCUCCGCCAAGAUAUCGUGACCCUGAAGACCAGCAGUAGCGACUACGAGGCUCUAAAGAGAACCUAUGACGAGGUUUGUAAGGAGAGGGACUUUGUUCGAAAUCAGCUGAUGGAGUAUAAAUCUCAAAGUGAAAACGAGAUCACUACUCAUCUGGAAAGCUAUAUGGAAGCUUACAGACAGGAUGUCAGAGAGAAAGAGGUUGCCAUCGACAGGAUGCGUUCUGAGAAUACAACCCUAAGGGCCGAGUUGGAAGGACUGAAGAGAGAAAUGUCAACCUUUUACAAGAGGAGUGAAUACGAGUCGUUAAAGUUGCAAUUCGAUGAGAUGUGGAAAGAAAGGGAUGCCCUACGCGAAGAGCUGAUAGUUUUCAAGUCCAAGGCUGAGCGCGAUGUCUUGAUCCAGGUGGAAAACAAGACUGUCAUAUUCCAGAGAGAGAUCAGAGAGAAGGAGAUGGAAUGUGCUAAGCUUCGAUCUGAAAUGAUGUCAAUCCAGAUGAAUUUGGAUGUGUUUAAGCGAGAAGUGGAGAGCAAACAGCACUUGAUCGAUGGUUACCUGGCAGAAAUUGAACGAUAUAAAGGCGACAUUAUAACAAUCAAGUCCACCACAGUCUCGAGCUCGGAAUACGAUUCGUUGAGGAGGAUGUACGAUGACAUACUGAAAGAAAGAGAUGCCCUGCGACUGGAGUUCAUUGAAUUCAAAUCAAACAGCGAGCGAGAAAUGUCUCUAAAGGUGGAUAAUCAGAUUAAGAUAUACCGAGAUGAGAUCAGAGAGAAAGAAAUCAUGAUCGGUAGCUUCCGUUCUGAAAGUAUGAAGUUCCAAUCAGAGCUUGAGACGUACAAGAGGGAGGCAGACAGUAAACAGUUCAUGAUAGAAGGAUACUUGACAGAGAUUGAUCGUCUGAAGACCGAGAUCAGUGCGAUGAACAAGCGAAUUAUAGAAUUCGAGUCCAUAAAGCGAUCUUACGAAGAUGUCUGCAGAGAGCGAGAUUACAUCCAGAGGCAGUUCGAAGAUUUCAAGUCUAGGAACGAGCAAGAUAAGGCCCUUCAAAUUCAGAUCCAAACUGAUGGUUUUCGGCAAGAAAUUAAAGAGAAGGCGAUGGCCAUAGAGAGAUUCUCGGCGCAGAACAAACUUCUCAUAGAGGAAGUCGACGGAUUGAAGAGGGAACGCACUACUCUGUUUAGCAAGACAGAGUAUGAUUCUUUAAGGCAACAAUAUGAAGAAAUGUGGAAGGAAAGAGAUAUUCUGCGUGGACAGAUUUCUGAGAUAAAGUCUAAGUGCGAAAGAGAUCUUAUCGUCCAAGUAGAAAGCCGCACCGAAACUUACCGAACUGAAAUACGUGAGAAAGAAACAAUUGUCAGUCGCCUGCAGUCUGAAAGCCUCAAGUACCAAACCGAAAUUGAUGGCUUGAAGAGGCAGCUGGGCAAUCAAGAGGCUUAUUUGGUGGAAAUUGAUCGCUUAAAGAUGGAAGUGAAUACGUUGAGGUUUCCAGACAUUCGUGGCAGCGCAGAGUACAUCUCCCUACAGCGAUCAUACGAAGAGAUCUGUAAGGAAAGAGAUGGACUUCGGGGCCAAGUGGUGGACAUCAGAAUAAAGGGAGAACAAGAACUUGAAGGCCAAGUAAAAAUCUAUCGUGAAGAAAUCAGAGAGAAAGAGAUUGCAAUUGACAGACUUCGAUCCGAGUGCAUGGCAUUCAAGGCGGAGAUUGAGGGUUUGAAGAGAAGCCUUGGCAAUCAAGAGGCCUAUCUAGUAGAAAUUGAAAGCUUGAAGAAAGAAGUGAACACUUUGAGGUUUCCAGACAUUCGUGGCAGCGCAGAGUACAUCUCCCUACAGCGAUCAUACGAAGAGAUCUGUAAGGAAAGAGAUGGGCUUCGAGGCCAAGUAGUGGACAUCAGAGUAAAGGGAGAACAAGAGCUUGAAGGCCAGGUUAAAAUCUAUCGCGAAGAAAUCAGAGAGAAAGAAAUUGUAAUAGACAGACUUCGAUCUGAGUGUAUGGCAUUCAAAGCGGACAUUGAGGGUUUGAAGAGAAGCCUUGGCAAUCAAGAGGCUUAUUUGGUUGAAAUUGAAAGCUUGAAGAAAGAAUUGAACACAUUGCGAUUCCCAGACAUCCGUGGUAGUGCAGAGUACAUCUCGUUACAGAGAUCAUAUGAAGAGGUGUGCAAAGAGAGAGAUGGAAUACGAGGCCAAGUGAUAGACAUCAGGAUGAAAGGAGAACAGGAACUUGAAAGCCAAAUGAAGAUCUACCGCGAAGAAAUAAGAGAGAAAGAGGUGAUGAUUGAAAAAUUACGUGUAGAGAACAUGUCAUUCAGAGCCGAAGUCGAAGGAUUGAAGAGAGACCUCGGCAGCCAAGAGGCUUACCUAGUGGAAAUUGAUCGCCUGAAGAAAGAGGUGAACACACUACGUUUUCCUGACAUUCGUGGUAGUGCAGAGUACAUUUCGUUGCAGAAAACAUACGAGGAAGUCUGCAAAGAGCGUGAUGGACUAAGAAGUCAGGUUAUCGACAUAAGGUUGAAAGGAGAGCAAGACCUCGACAACCAAGUGAAGAUAUAUCGUGAGGAGAUCAGGGAGAAAGAAAUCGCGAUGGAAAAAAUACGCGUUGAAAGCUAUUCAUUCAAGGCCGAAAUUGAUGGACUAAAGAGAGAUCUCGGUAACCAAGAAGCGUACUUGGCUGAGAUCGAGCGCCUGAAGAAGGAGGUCAAUAUCUUGCGAUUCCCAGAUAUCCGUGGCAGUGCAGAGUAUAUAUCCCUGCAGAAGACGUACGAGGAAGUUUGCAGAGAGCGUGAUGCACUUAGAGGACAAGUGAUUGAUAUUAAGAUGAAGGGAGAACAGGAAAUUGACAACCAAGUAAAGAUCUACCGAGAAGAGAUAAGAGAGAAAGAAGUAGCAAUGGAGAAAAUACGUGUAGAGAGCUACUCAUUCAAGAGCGAAAUUGAAAGUUUGAAGAGAGAUCUUGGAAAUCAAGAAGCCUAUCUGAUUGAAAUAGAUCGUUUGAAGAAAGAAGUAAACACACUGAGGUUUCCCGACAUCCGCGGUAGCGCAGAGUACAUCUCUUUGCAACGAACAUACGAAGAAGUUUGUAAAGAGCGUGAUGGCCUUAGAGGACAAGUAAUUGAUAUAAAGAUAAAGGGAGAACAAAACAUUGAAAGUCAAGUGAAGAUCUACCGUGAGGAAAUUAAAGAGAAGGAGGUAGCCAUGAACAACUUCCGUUCAGAGACUAUGACACUGAGAGCAGAAAUUGAAGGAUUAAAGAGGGAGCUAGCCACCACGAAGCAGCGAAGCGAGAUGGAAGUGGAACGUGUGAGGAAGGAAUCGAUGGUAAUUAGCCCCUCCGUCCUUCGUAGUAGCGCCGAGUUUGUGUCUCUGCAACAUUCAUUCGACGCUGCUUGCCAAGAGAGAGACAGUCUUCGCCAGCAGAUUAUUGAGCUCAGGUCAAAGAACGAGCGAGAAGUGGCAAUCCAUAUCGACAAUCAAGUACGAGUGUACCGAGACGAGAUUAAGGAGAAAGAGGCUGCAUUGGGGCUAUUGCGUUCUGAGGCAAUCUCCAUGCGCUCUGAAAUUGAGUCGCUCAAACGUGAGCUGCGCAUCGCAAAGGAUACCCCAGCUCAAAAUCCGAAGGUUGAACAAGAGCUGUUUAACUUGAAAGCAAAAUAUUCAAAGCUUCAAGAAGAGUAUGACAUAUUGGUGCUUGCAAAGAGCAAACUGGAAGAGGAGAUGGUGAUCAAGAUCAACAGUGGAAUGGCCGACAAGCAAGAAUACAUCUACAAGCUUGAGAAGGACAACAGGGAGUUGAAGUCUUCCAAUGAGUAUUACGAGAAGACCGUGGAAGAGAAGAAUGCUGCUAUCAGUGAUAUGCGCCUGAAGAUUGCAAGCUUGCAGAAGAAGAUCGAAAACUUAAAAAAAGACGUAUUUGUCGCCGAUGAAGCCUAUGAAAAAGCAGAGCUCCGACUGAAGGAAGUUUUGAAGUCAGAGUACAAGCCAGUGACGACCUACGAGGUGCGUCGCUACAGAACUACUUCAACAGCCGACUCCCCGACUUUCAGCAGUUCAACGUCAACUUACACGGUAAAGAAGACGUCCACAGAUACUAAUGGUCUAGAAUUCAGUGCCACCUCUACGCCAAUGAAAUCCGCCGUAGAGGGAGAACGCAGCGAAGUUAUUCGCAAGAGUGCUGUCGUCUCAUCAGCUCCGCUUGACAGUGACCUGGCAAGGGCUGAAGGAAACUUUAACAACAGUGAGGAUGUCGCCGCAACCUCAAAGACGAUUCUGAUCACAAAUGUCGCCGACGGAGAUUCUGCUGAGGUUGGAAGUGCCGGGUCUGCCAAAUCGACCGUAUACCGUUCUUCGUACUCCAGUCAACCAUCCGUGUACAGAACCAGCGGCACCACUUACCGCACUACCACAGGGCGUACCUCUGUCACAGGAGGGUCGGGCUAUAGCCGUACAUCGUACCCUACCGGACGUAAGUACUCUGGCCGUUACUCCGUAACAAGGAAGUUUUACUAAAGAACAGGAACAAUCUGAGGACUUACCUUUGCUGAGAGAAAAUGUCAACAUAUAUAAAACACGCAUUUCAUUCGAGUUGAAAACAGUAGAUUUUUAGUUUUUAGUUAGUAACUUUAAUUAUGUCGUUCCAAGCAGCCUAGGUCGCUUUUUUGCAGACGAAACAACAGCUUAAUCGUGACCAAUCGCUUUAGUAGCCUGAGAGCUUUAAGAACCAACUGAAAAGUUGUUUGCAACUGGAGAUCGUUUGCAGGGUUUUGAAGACUUAUUUUGCAGUUUUUUUUCUCGUGUUCUAAAUAUUUAUAACACUAACUUUACUAGUUUAUCUACAGUACAAAGAAGGCCUUUCGGUUUUGUUACCAUUAAUGAAGCUCUCAAUUUUGAUUUUGAACUUCGCUUAUUUUUUUCCUUGUUUAUUUGAGGAAACUGAGGUUUGCUUUUUAUCGAGUCUUUUCUCAAAUUCUGAGUGAUGAGUGGUAGUGAGGUAGUCCAGAUUGAAGAAAGAAAAAAAAUACUUUCGCAUGAAUUCACAGGUGUGCAUCUUUUUUUGUGAUUGCUUGAACAAAUUUGGAUUUUACUACUUAAACCUAAACCUACCAUAUUUAUUCAUAUUUUUAGUUUUGAGUGAAUCGUCGCCUUGUUUUUUCUUGGAUCUUACUCCAAUUUUGAAAGCGUUUUAUUCGUUGUUAAAACAAAAAAAAAAUAAACAAACAUCGUAUUACAAUGUUUCGAUCACUGUUUCAUUUCAUGUAAUCAUUUUCUUCGUUUUGACUUUCCAUUUGCAGUGAAGUUCAACAAAACAAAACAGACUCCUUCCUAGGUUAUUUAGCAUUGACACGUAGUAGUUUUUCUGUAUUGAAAGUGUAGCUUUCUAGUUUCCAUUUCGCACACACUUCAUUUUUAUUUUCAUGUCCUUAUGGCAUUACACCAUAUGAUACGUUUUCGAUGAGCGGAACACACACACACACAAAAAUCCAUAUAAUUUCAGGGGUGCAGUUGACUUACAACUCAAAUUCUCCAAGCAAUUUUACCAAAUGUGCGGUGAAUUAAAAAGUUGUCUUUACCUCCAUGAUACUUGGAGAUAACCCAACCCACAGCGAUACAUGUUCGACCACAAAGGUUGUAUGUAAUUUUUAACCAUAUGGGAACCUCAUGGUUCCGUCAUACGUUUGAAUCACACUUCGGUUUUUCCCAUUUUUAACGUUGUAAUAAAUUUGGGCUUACAUCAAUUGCAA